GAGAAAACACGCAGACAGACCUCACUUGCAUGCUGUCCUUCAGUAAGUGACAGAAGUGUGAGACAGAUCAUAAACAAAAGCUCUAAGUGGAACCAUGGGCCUUAAUUGUGGAAUUCCAUCAUUGAUCAUCCUGCUGUUUAUAUCCGUUUCCGGUACACUGGAUGUCAAUGUGUCCUGCAGUCCUCAGACCAUCUGUGCUCUGAGCGAAUCAGAGGUGGACCUGAAAUGCUCUUACUCAAACAUCAGCAUCAAAACUGUCUUCUGGUUCAGCUUUAAAGAGAAAGCUAAAUGGAGGAACGAGGAACAUCCAGAGGAUUUAGCUUUAGACUCAGACUAUGCAGGACGAGUGUACUACUCUCCAACGACAAACACCAGCUCAACGCUUACAAUCAGAGAGCUGAGAACGAGAGACACAGGAGAAUAUCUCCUCAUGAUCAUUACAGAAAAAGGAGAGAAACAUCUCAGCCUGACUACAGUGAAUCUAACAGUUGCAGACCCACAGGUGAAGCUGAACUCUGGCACUUUUUCACAGCCCAAAGAGACACUGACCUGUAUCACUUCCUGCAAUUUGACCACAGGACCCCUUUCUUACACGUGGAAUAAGAAUGGACGAAACAUGAAAGCAAAUCAGACAUCUUUGGUUUUAUCCAGCGAGGAUGCUGGCAGCUACUCCUGCUCUGUAGCUAGCAGCUAUGUAGAAGUCCACUCUAAUGCAGUGUGUGUGUUUGAUCAGGACUGUUGGAAUGUGACCUACACAGACAGAAGAGUGUGUGCUUUGGAGGGUUCAUCAGUGGAUUUCCCCUGCACAUACUCACAUCCCAGUGGUUAUAGCAUUAAUGAUGCAUUCUGGCAUUCCAGAUGGUUUGUGGAGGAGCCAAUGGAUCUGCCUCAGGAAAGGCAGUUUGCUGGUAGAGUGGAGUUUAUUGGAGUUAAAGAGAGAAACUGCACUCUGACAAUGAAAGAUGUGAAAAUGAAUGACUCUGGAGAAUAUUACUUUCAGUUCAUCACAAAAACUAAAGGAGGGAGAUUCUCUGGUAGACCUGGAGUCAUUCUGAAUGUUACAGGUCUGCAGGUGAAAGUGAUUUCCAGCACAGCAUCAGAUGGAACAACAGUAACACUGAUCUGUAGCAGCACCUGCACUCUGCCUAACAACCCCACAUACAUGUGGUACAAGAACAGACAGCUUGUAACUAACAAACUCAGCAGAAACAACAAACUGUACCUGAAAUGCAGUGAAGAUGCAGGGAACUACUCCUGUGCUGUGAGAGGACACGAGGAGCUCCGCUCUCCUGAUCAAACACUCAGUGACUGUCCAGAAGAAAGCUCAGGAUCAAAGCUGGUCUCAGUAGGAGUGGUGGUCUUUCUGGCUCUAAUACUUGGCAUAGCAGCACUUUGGAUGUACUGGGUGAUCAGGAAGAAGAGAGGAGCAGAGAGAAACAUAGAUAUUCAGACUCCAGAUCCUGCAGACCACACAUACACAGCUCUGAAUCCCACCACCAUGACCUCAGAUUAUGACACUUUGACACAUUUUACAGGCUCUCCCAGUGACACAUACACAGCCUUAAACUCUGCAACCAUGUGCUCUGAUUAUGCCACUCUCACAAAUGUAACAGACUCUCACAGUGACAUAUACACAGCUCUGAACCCUGCGACCAUGUCCUCGGAUUACGAUACUCUGGCACCCGUUAGAGGCUUUUCCAGUGGCUCCGUGCCUUGAAUCCUGCAUGACAUUAAGGAGCCUGAUGAGGUGAGAGAUCUGCUCAGCUCCCAUGCAGCCCAGCACUCAACAACAGACUGAGAUUAUAAAGACUCUCUGCACACUUCUGAAAAUUCACCAUCUCACCACAGACCCUGAGGGCCAGAUAUACAUAUGAAGUGCAAAGAGGCAACUUUCACAUUCAGAAUAACACACAGUUCCACUCUAUAUAGUUAUAAUAAGCCAUCAAAGAGGAGUUGAACAUUUAAAAGCCAUGUUUUUGAGCGCAGAAAUUCUUUAGUAAAAGUUGAGAUUGAGUAGCAUCUCUAUUAUAAUAUUUAUGAUGGUCCUGUUAUUCAUUAUAGUUUUCAUUGUUUUUCAGUUAAGCACAUAUUGAUUUGAGAACUAAUGACUUUUAGAUUUUGGCUGCCACAAACUCUCAGAGACUGUUGGAUUGUUGGACAUUGACUUUUAUGGUUGCGCAUUGCUUCCAGUUUGUCCACUCUGAUUGUGUGAUGCAUGUUUGUAUACAGCUUUUUGAUCGGAUGCACGGAAUUUCUUCCCAUAGAGAAAGAAUGGGAUGAAAAAUUGCAAGCCAAUCUACUGUAUUUCUGCUUGCCUGAACGACAUCGUUUUGCAUACACUAUCUCAGGGCUGGCCCCCAAGCACGAAUUCAUUGUUGACCUGCACUCAUCUGUUUGUCUUUUUUUUUUUCAUCCUUUGUUUCCAUUCACUUUCGCCACCACUCAAACUUUAUUACUUCUUUGUCCAACAGUCAGCAAAAUGUGUGUACUAACUCAGGGCAGGUCCCCAAGUUCUAAUCCAAAAUCACACUGACCAGCACUCUUCUGUGUGCCGUUUUUUUGCCUAAUCUUCAACCCUGUUUAUUCCUUUGCUGAACAGUAACCAAAAUGCAUGUACUAAUUCUGGGCAUGACUCCAAGCUCUAAUCCACAGCCAUACUGACCUGCUCUACUCUGUUUGUUGUUUUUUCAUCCCUCGCAUAAAGUCCCAUUCAUUCUCAACAACACUUGGUUAAUGCAUACGAAAAAUUAAAUACACACCCAUACAUCCUGGCAAAAUGUCAUGGGAUACCAUAGUAACUGCUUAGCAACACUUUAGAAUAUAACUGGGAUAUCACAGUAACUGCUGCAACUAUUCAGCGUUUCCUUCAGGAAAUGCACUUUUCUAGUUUUUCAUGUUCACUGUUUCAUUGAUAAAUGAAAACAGUAUCAUAACAUGAUACUGUUAUAUAAUGUUUGAUUCACUCCAAAAUUUUAGUCAUUGACAUUGAUUUUCUUUACAUUUACCAUAGUCAUUUAUCAGAUGCUGUAAUCCAAAGUGACUUUCAAAAAAUGUGCAAAAUGUACUUUUUCAAUCAUCAUUCUUAUAGUUCUCUGUUCCAGCCAGUAAAUGAAAAGGACUUUAGAACCACUUGUCGCUGUGAAAUUAAAUCUGCAUUUAACCCAUCCGUGCCGUGAAACACCCACGUGCAUGCACACUAGUGAACACAC